GAGAGAGAUAAGCAGCACACCUCCCUCGUCAGGCUCUCCGUCCUCCUCCUGAUCCUGGCUCUCCUUCACAUCUCGCCUGCUCUGGCAGUAUCCUUGGAAAUGCUCGGCACGCAGUCCUCCUCCAGAACUGGCACCCACCACCGAUGUGACGCCGGGAAGGACUACAAGAGGAAACUUCUACCAAUCAAGAUGUGACUCCAUCUUCAAGCCUCUAGUUCCAAAAGCGCUGCACUGAUGUCGACUGACAAUGAUCCCUCUACAGAACACCAGCGACACUCCACCUCUGGGGGACGAGGGGGAGGGAGGGAACACGGACCCCUCUUCAUGUGUGUUGGGCUACAUCCCUGUGAUUUAUUACAGCAUCCUUCUCGGGCUUGGUCUACCAGUCAACAUCUUGACAGCUGUGGCCCUCUCUAAGUUGGCAUCCAGGACUAAGAAGUCGUCCUACUGCUACCUCCUGGCCCUGACUACCUCCGACAUCCUGACCCAGAUCUUCAUCAUCUUUGUAGGCUUCAUCCUGCAGACGGCCAUCCUCCAUCGCAAGGUGCCCAACGCCUUCAUCCACAUGGUCAGCGUCCUUGAGUUUUCAUCCAAUCACGCCUCCAUCUGGAUCACCGUCAUCCUCACAGUUGACCGAUACAUAGCACUUUGUCACCCGCUUCAGUAUCGCUCCCUUUCCUACCCAGAACGCACCCGCAAAGUCAUCAUGAUCGUGUUCCUCUCGGCUUUUGUGACCGGAAUUCCAUUCUACUGGUGGAGCGACAUUUGGAGGGACCCCCGAGCUCCGGGAUUGUUGGAUCGAUUCCUCAAGUGGGUCCACUGCUUUAUCAUUUACUUCAUCCCAUGUACCAUCUUCCUCCUCACCAACACGGUCAUUGUUCUGAGGCUCAGGAGGAAGUCCGAAUCCAAGCGCUAUCGGGUCCGCAUCGGCAAGACCACGGCCAUCCUUAUGAGCAUCACCACGGUCUUUGCCGUUCUCUGGGCUCCCAGGACCGUCGUCAUCAUCAUUCACAUGUACGUGUCUUCGGUCCACAAGGACUGGAGGGUCCACCUGGCCUUGGACAUCGGGAAUAUGUUGGCCCUCCUGAACACGGCCGUCAAUUUCUUCCUGUACUGUUUCGUGAGUCGCCGGUUUCGGGACACGGUGAGGGAAAUCCUAGGUAUGCAGAGGCCCUGCCGCGUGGUGGAAGGGAAGAAGAGCCACAGCGACUUCUCCGACUCCUUGAAGGCGGCGGAGAUCCCACAGGCAACAGUUAUCUGAGUCGAGAGAGAGACGCCAUCAAGAGAAAUUGUGUUUCCUCCCAUGUUUGAUAAUUGCACCGUUCUGUUUUGAUUGCAUGUGUUCUUGCGUGCAUGAAGUCUAUACUAACUAUAAAAACCAAAAUGGCGUCUUCUUCAGUCAUUAAACGUUAUCCAAAAAAAAAGUCUUCUCGGGAAU